CUUGCUAUUCUUGCAUCCUCUCUUCCUUCUGCACAGCUUUGAAACAGUUGACGUCAUUUCUCUCGCGCUGUUUGACUUGCUUCCUUUUGUUUUAGGCUUCUUAAGGCCUACGAACCACUGUGAAGCAGUUUGCAUUUGUGGGCGUCCUCGUUUUUCGUCAGUCCACUUUGCAGCUGUAGCGCGACACUCCCUCUCCAGCGCCCUUCAGCCUAUGCCGGCUUGUGCUUUGGAACUCGACACUGCUAUGGAAUAGGAUUCUGGCGGUUCAGGAGCGUCGCCGUGGAGUUGGCGACAUUUCGCUUGUCGGCAUUUUAACAUCUCGGCGAGCACCACACUUCACCAGCUUGGAGCCGGCGGCGUAUCAACCUUUGUGGUUGGUCAUUUGCAUCCGCGCGUGCAGCAGGGUGCUUUGGGUGUGGCGGUCGGGGGAGCCCUGCAGCACUUGGCUGUUGUUUUGGGGUGUGGCUCGUCUUCGUGCCCUUGUUGCCUGGUGCCUGGUUGCCUGGCGCCCGCCCUGCUGUGAUGCCCUACUUGGCAGCGGACAGCACCCCUGCAGGUGGGGGCAACACUGCCAGCCCGUUCUUCAGCCCCGGGCUGCAGCUCCACCUUGCCCUGUCUACGCAUAGCCUGGCGGACGGCGUGCAGGACCUGACGACUCAGCCCCAGGGCCCCAGCCUGCCUACCUACCCAGUCCUUCUGGUGGGUGCCACCACGGGGCUCCCAGAGGGCGAGCAGCUGUCCUCAGCCGGCGUCCGGGAAGUGACCAGUGCUGCCCUGUCAGUGCUGGACACCAUGUGCCGGCAGGGCAACCAGCCGCAGCUCUUGCAGGGCCACUCUCUGCACAGCACAGGCCGCCCCUCCCGCACGUUUGCGGGGCUGGCCUUCAGCCGGCGCGCGACCAGCGCCAGCAAAGCAGCCUUCACAGCGGAGCUCAUGCGCAAGUCGCCGCUGGCGGUACCGCUCCAGCGCGGUCAGGCUGUCCUCACGGUUCACGUGCCAGUGGACACCCGGCCCAUCAUUCCGGGCACCUACACCGUCACGGUCAAGAUGGUAGGGGGCCCUGUGUGGGGGGCUUUCCGCGGUCGCACUGAUUUGGUGCUGCAGGCGGGUGGCUAUCCCACCACCUCGGACCCCUCGAACCUGGCGUGUGCUUAUGUGGUCUCAGAGCAGUGCGCCAAAUCGGUGGGCCCCAAGGGGGAGCCCCAGGCCCCCGCAGGCCAGGGCAUCACCAACCACAUCUUUGCCUGUGUACGGGGCCCAGUCUGGGACCCGCAGCUCUCUCACCUGCAUUGUGCCAAGUUUGAGAUGCCAGGUGAGGAGCCCAUGCAGGUGGAGGUCCGUGGCGCCCCCCAGGCGGCUGGGACGGCCACGACAGCUGCGGCAGGCAGCCUUGCUCAGGCUGCAGCCGGGGUCGCCGACCUGGGUGGCAACACCUUGGGUGUGGUGAGGCCCGCGGCUGCCAUGGCGACCGCAGCGGACAUCGUUGACCACGUGGGGGACGUGCAGAUGCAGGAGGCGGCGGGUUUGGGUGACGCGGCGGCUGCAGCUGCUGGCGCCAGCGGGCCACACAGCAGGGCCCCGCCCCCGCUGCCAGUUCUGGUGGCGGGGGGAAGCAACCGUGCUGCUGCGGCUGCCCUGCGGGCCGCACUGCAGCAGCAGCCCUCUUCGCAGCAGCGGGUGACCGCGGGAGGGCUUAGCGGGGUCCAGCCGGCGGCAGGCGUGGGGGGGCCGCCGGCAGCCAGGCCUCGCCCUGCCGGUGCUGGGCCGGCUGGCGUGCAGCAGCAGCCCAGUGGCGCUCCCGCGCCACGGCCGCCCUUGGAUCAGCAGGCAGCCGCUGGGCAGGAUCAGGAGCAGACCGCUGUGAUGCAGCGGUACUUGGCCGAGCUGGCGGACCUCAAUCUCCAGCGGCAACGGCGGUUACAGCAACAGCAGCAGCAGGAGCUGCAGCGCCAGGGGCAGUCACCCAGGCCCCGGACCGGCUCCCAGGUUGUGGUCCUGGCCACGCGGGGGGGGCAGGACGGGGCGGGCGGUAGCCCUGGCGUGGCGGCGUCACGGCGUGGGCAACGUGUUGACAUAGUUGACCACAUGGGGGACGUGCAGAUGCAGGAGGCGGCGGGUGUGGGUGACACAGCGGCUGCCGCUGGUGGCGCCAGCGGACCACCCGCCGUGGCCUCGCCCUCGCUGCCAGCUCUGGUGGCGGGGGGAAGCACCCAUGCUGCUGCGGCUCCCCUGAGGGCCGAGCGACAGCAGCAGCCCUCUUCACAGCAGCGGGUGGCAGCGGGAGGGCUUAGCGGGGGGCAGCCGUCGGCAGGCGUGGGGGGGCCACCGGCGGUCAGGCGUCGUACUGCCGGUGCUGGGUCGGCUGGCGCGCAGCAGCAGCCCAGUGGGGCUCCCGCGUCACAGCCGCCCUUUGAUCAGCGGGCAGCCGCCAGGCAGGAUCAGGAGCAGACCGCUGUGAUGCAGCGGUACUUGGCCUACAUGGCGGACCUCCAUCUCCAGCAGCAACGGCGGGUACAGCAACAGCAGCAGCAGGAGCAGCAGCGCCAGGUGCAGCCGCCCAGGCCCCGGACCGGCUCCCGGUUUGCGGUCCUGGCCACGCUGGGGGGACAGGACGGCGUGGGUGAUGGCGCUGCCACGGCGGCGUCUGGGCGUGGGCGACAGGCGCAACCAGCCGUGCACGCACCGCCGCCGCCGCCACAGCAACAGCCCCGCUCUAAAGGGCGCGGUGGCCCCGCCCAGCUCCCGCAGCAGAGGGCAGGGCGCUUGGGCGGCGGGCUGCCUCCCCCGCAGGACGGUGCUAGCUCGCCACCGCACGUGCCCACUGGGCGGCCGGCCGGGGGACAGCAGGAUGGUGGGGGCAGCGGGUCGCGGCGCCAGGGUGGAGGAGCGGGGCAGGCAGUGCCUCAGCCGCCGCCCCAGGCGCGGCCGCCACUGCAGACGUCACAACCGGCGGGUGGUGGUAAGGGCAGGGGCAGGGGCCUGGGCGCGCCGGCUGGGGCUUCGGCCGACACGGCUGGGCGCGCGGGUGGGGGUGCGGGCAGUGAGGCGGAGUACGGGGCCGUUUGCCUGACCCGGGACGCGUGUGUUGCCAUCGGCUCUGACCUCGUGACGCACCAGAACCGCUGCGCAGAUGUGCAGGGGUUUGAGUGGGCGCAGCUGGGCCACGACACGCUUGGUGGCCGCCUCCUCGCCUACCUCCGUGACCAGGGCGCCACCGUACCGGACUGGGCCGUCUGCCGCGUGCCGGCCGGCCGUACCGCCGUCCUGGCACAGCUGCGCGACGAGUUCACUGGCUGGUGGCGCCUGUACUCAGCCCAGCCUGCAGAUACACCCCUGCCUUCCGACGUGACGGAGCAGCUGGAUGACGCCGCGCAGCAGGUGCAGACGGCCUACAUGGACUACGUGCUCCUAGACGCCCGCACCCUGCGGUCCGCUAAGCGUGGGCCGGCGGACCCCGGCGGGGCCAGCGGGCCCAGCCACCGGCAACGCCAGCACCGCAGCCGCAGUACCUCCAGCCCCAUGAGCCUGGGCAGCGCUCCAUUGCACCCCGGCGGCGCCAGCUCAGUGAAUGUCAACGGCCUGGGCUCGCCGUUCAAGGCGCGGGCGCUGGUCUCGCACCUGCAGCAAGUUGGGGCGGAUGUGGCGAUGGUGCAGGAGACCCACGCUACUGACACGACGGCGCUGGAGUCUUGCCUUCGUGCCGCGCAGGGGGCGUGCCUUCCGUGGCGCCACUGCCUCGCUGCCAGCCCGGCAGCGUCGCCCCGCUCCUGUGGGACGGCUAUCCUGGCGCGGAGUCGGCUGUCCCUUCCAGGCUGCGUACUGCAGCCGCCGUCAACGGAUGCGGCGGGCCGUGUGGUAUGUUGGGAUUGGGACGUGGGUCACCUGCGCCUGCGCUUUGUGUGUGUGUAUGCGCCCACGGCCGUGGCGGACAAGCCUGCUUUCUUUGCCGGGCUGCAUCCCCACCUGGCCACGGACAGGGUGCUUGUUGUCGGUGGGGACUGGAACUGUGUCACCGAUGCCAGUCAGGAGGCGGCCCCUAGCCCGUCACGUGCUGCAGGUGCCCCGCAACUUGCCAGCCUCCUCGCCCAGUUCAGUCUGGUGGACCCUUGGGCGAGCAAGCGUGGCGGCGCCAAGGGCUACACGCAUCCGGCCACACCCAAGCCAGCCACUCCCGCACGCCUGGAUCGGUGGUAUGUCAGUGCCACCGCGGCGACGUGGGUGGUGGAUGUCGCUCGCACGUACGGGGCGCCUGGGGACCACAACGGUGUGCUGCUCACCCUGUCCUUGCCCGACCUGCCACAUGCGCACCGGGAGCAGUGGCGCUUCCCCACCUACCUGCUGUUUCACCCCUCGCUGCGUUUGGAGCUCAAGCAGCGCUUGGAGGCGCACGUUGCCGCAAAUCCCGUGGCCAGUACAGGUGACGGCGCUUGCACGCAAUGGGAGGCGGACAAGUUCUUCUUGCGGGAGGCCGCCACCAGCAUCCACCGUCGGCAUGCACGCCAGACCCGGGACGGGCUGCAUGGGGUGGUGCUGGCCGCAGACGCGGCCGCUGCCCUGGCCGACCGGCCGGGUGCCAGCGCCGCGCAGCGUCAGGCUGCGGCCAUGGCCAACUUGGCGGUGCGGGAGGAGCGGGCAGCUGCCGCAGCAGCCAGCCACAAUGCCCGCGCUGCGCUGAUGGAGGAGCAUGGGGAGCGGGGCACACGCUGGUUCCAUCGGCAGGCUGACGAGCCAGCAGCCGGCGCGCAGGAGCCCAUCACGCACUUGAAGGUGCCGGGGCAACCGGCGCCUGUGGCGCUCACGGGGCCGGGCACGCGCAACACUGUCUCCGCAGCCGCCGCAGCCAUGUACAGCAGCACCAGCCCCACCGGCCUGUUCCGCGUGCAGCCUGUCUGUACGGUGUCGCAGCAACAGCUUCUGGAGGCCAUUGACCGCAAGGUUCCGGCGGAUCUGCAGGCCGCCGCAGAGGGGUCCGGUGACGGCGCCCUCAGUGAUGCCGAGCUGAUGGCAGCGCUGGCUGGCUCCGCCAAUGGUAAAGCGCCUGGGUCGGACGGGGUCCCGUACGAGGUGUACAAGGUUUUCUGGGCGCUGCUGGGUCCGCGCUUGUGUGCUGCUGCUGCCGCUGCCUUUGCUGCCGCUGCAGACGCCCACGAUGGCGGUGAAAUGGCGGCAACGCUGCCCGCCUCCUGGCGGGAGGGCAUCAUCACCCUCAUCUACAAGGGCAAAAGCCUGGACCGCGCCGAGCUGGCGUCCUACCGGCCCAUCACGCUGCUCAACUGCGACUUCAAGAUGGUGUCCAAGGCCGUCAGCGCCCGCCUGCAGCCCGCCCUGGAUGCAGUUGUGGAUGAGCUGCAGACCGCGUUCAUCACCGGCCGCUGGAUUGGAGACAAUGCGCUGUACCUCCAAGGCCUGAUCGAAUGGAUGCGCCUGGACGUGGGCGCGGACGGCACGCCACGGCAGGGUGGUGCGCUGUACUUCUUGGACAUUGAAAAGGCGUAUGACCGGGUGCACCGACAGUGGCUGUAUGCGUCCGCGGAGGGACUGGGGUUUGGGCCGCGCAUGCUACGCUGGAUCCGCCUGCUCACUGCCAACGGCUCUGCCCGCGUGUGUGUGAACGGGAUGCUCUCUGACGCCUUCCCAGUGCUGAACGGCUUGCCGCAGGGCAGCACCGCCUCACCACCCCUGUGGGUCAUCCAGAUGCAGCCACUGACGUCCUUUCUGCGGCGGCAGGUGGAGCAAGGGGCACUGCGCACGCCCCUGUUACCCAGCGGCGAGCAGGCGCCACCUGCUGCCCACCACGCUGACGACACGACCCUCACGGCGCGCGACCCGGCGGUGGACGGGCCGGUCCUGAUGGCGGCAGUACAGCUGUUCUGCCGCGCGUCCAACGCCCGUGUCCAUCCGGACAAGAGCAAGGCCAUGGGCCUUGGCAGGUUUGCGCACCUGACGGGCCCUUGCCCACACACGGGGGUGCCGUUUACCACUGGCGCCGUGACGCACCUGGGUGUGCCUCUGUCGUGCGACUCUGUUGCGGCUGCAGCUGACCUGUACACCCGGCGGGCUCGCGGUAUGGCGUUUGUGGCGCGUCUGUGGGCUGCCCUGUCUCUGACUCUCGUUGGCCGUGUGCACAUUGCGAAGCAGGUGCUGGCGGCGAAGCUGGCCUACCACUUCAGCUUCCUCAACCCGUCGCCUGCGCAGCUGAAGGAACUCACCGACCUGGUGGACCACUUUGCUGCGCGCUCCAUGCACGCUGAGGACGCCAGCCUGGUGUCGCACGGGAACCCGCUCCUGCUGCCAAAGCGGGAAACGGCAUGUCUGACGUACAAGGACGGGGGUGUCAACCACGUCGACCUGCCUGCGUUCCUGUCUGCCCUGCAAGCUAAGACUUUCGCCCUCCUUGCCCAGCCAGGCCGGCAACCCUGGAAGAUGCUCACCCGGGCGCUGCUUACCCAUGUGCGCCCGGCCUCAGCCACCACGUGGGCGUGGGUGUACAGCGACGCGCCAGCGCCAGCGGGGCUGCCUGCCCGGCUGGCGGCCGCGGUCGGCCACGUGCGGAGCGCGGGUGUGGAACAGCAUCCGCCGCAGCCAGCCACUCAGCCACCAGCGGCGCCGCCACAGUGGCGGGUUAGCCUGGACCAGCUGUGGGUGGCUAAUGCUGCGGGGGCUGUGUCCUACGUCCACUACACGGGGCGGCUCUUGGAGCCUGGGCCUGGCGUGCUGCCCCCGGCGGUGGAUGGGGCGUGGCAGCCUGCCUGUGUGCUGCAGCAUCGCAAGCCGCGGCACCUGUGGACCUUUGAAGAGCGGGCGGCGUACGAUGCAGCAUCACCAGGGGAACGGGCGGGGGCGUGGCCUCGGGCGCCGUACUUCCUGGCGCCGGAGGCUGGGGUGGUGGUGCACCCGGAGCACUGCCGGAUUGCGGGUGUCAGCCUGGCGGACUACACGGUGCGGGACGUGCGGCGGGCCAUCACCGCGGCUAACCCGGCCGCACCUCCGGCUCCGGCCCGCCCUGCAGCCAUGCCGUGCCCAGCGCCAGCACAGCAGGCGGGGGGUUCGGGGACCCAGCCGGCGGCACAGUCGCGGCUGGUGGAGCGGGAGGCGGAGUGGCAGCGUGCAGCGGCGCAGCUGACCACCACGGCGGCGCAGCAUUUCCACAAUAACCCGGUAGCUCUGGACCCCUGGCUCCACCGCACCUCUGCGGCAGCCGCGCUGCAGAACACGCCCCUGUUCAACCUUCUUCUCACCGCACAGCUCAAGGCGGCUAAGCUGGAGCACUUUGUUGCCAUCUGGUCGGCGGGUGGCGCGCUUUGUGAAGUGGAGGAGGUUCAGGCUGACUUGUACACCCGGCGGGCUCGCGGCAUGGCGUUUGUGGCGCGUCUGUGGGCUGCCCUGUCUCUGACUCUCGUUGGCCGUGUGCACAUUGCAAAGCAGGUGCUGGCGGCGAAGCUGGCGUACCACUUCAGCUUCCUCAACCCGUCGCCUGCGCAGCUGAAGGAACUCACCGACCUGGUGGACCACUUUGCUGCGCGCUCCAUGCACGCUGAGGACGCCAGCCUGGUGUCGCAUGGGAACCCGCUCCUGCUGCCAAAGCGGGAAACGGCCUGUCUGCCGUACAAGGAUGGGGGUGUUAACCACGUCGACCUGCCUGCGUUCCUGUCUGCCCUGCAAGCUAAGACUUUCGCCCUCGUUGCCCAGCCAGGCCGGCAACCCUGGAAGACGCUCACCCGGGCGCUGCUUACCCAUGUGCGCCCGGACUCCGCCACCACGUGGGCGUGGGUGUACAGCGACGCGCCAGCGCCAGCGGGGCUGCCUGCCCGGCUGGCGGCCGCGGUCGGCCACGUGCGGAGCGCGGGUGUGGAACAGCAUCCGCCGCAGCCAGCCACUCAGCCGCCAGCGGCGCCGCCACAGUGGCGGGUUAGCCUGGACCAGCUGUGGGUGGCUAACGCUGCGGGGGCUGUGUCCUACGUCCACUACACGGGGCGGCUCUUGGAGCCUGGGCCUGGCGUGCUGCCCCCGGCGGUGGAUGGGGCGUGGCAGCCUGCCUGUGUGCUGCAGCAUCGCAAGCCGCGGCACCUGUGGACCUUUGAAGAGCGGGCGGCGUACGAUGCAGCAUCACCAGGGGAACGGGCGGGGGCGUGGCCUCGGGCGCCGUACUUCCUGGCGCCGGAGGCUGGGGUGGUGGUGCACCCGGAGCACUGCCGGAUUGCGGGUGUCAGCCUGGCGGACUACACGGUGCGGGACGUGCGGCGGGCCAUCACCGCGGCUAACCCGGCCGCACCUCCGGCUCCGGCCCGCCCUGCAGCCAUGCCGUGCCCAGCGCCAGCACAGCAGGCGGGGGGUUCGGGGACCCAGCCGGCGGCACAGUCGCGGCUGGUGGAGCGGGAGGCGGAGUGGCAGCGUGCAGCGGCGCAGCUGACCACCACGGCGGCGCAGCAUUUCCACAAUAACCCGGUAGCUCUGGACCCCUGGCUCCACCGCACCUCUGCGGCAGCCGCGCUGCAGAACACGCCCCUGUUCAACCUUUCGGGUGAGGGGCCGCGGCGGUCCGCGCGGCUGCAGGAGCAGGCGGCGGGCGGGGCGGGGCCUAGCACGGGGCCUGCCACGGCGGCGGCGGCAGCAGCGGCGGCGGUGGAGGGCGACCCUCGCAUGCCGCCCCCGGAUGCGUCCCUUCUGCGGGGUACGUGGCGGAGGCUGUGGGACAGCCACGCCAGUCGGGGGGCAAAGGUGCUGGUGUACCGGCUGCAACAUGCUUACCUGCCUUGCGGGCUGUACAGGGCGGGCAAGGGCAUUCGGCCACGGGUGACCACGGGGUGCGGGGGGUUGGGGGCGCACUGUCCUCACCCCGCCUGCGGGCCACCUGGCCCGCGGGCGUGGGCCAGCCUGACGCACAUCUUCCUGGAGUGUCCAGCUUAUGCGCAGGCGAGGACGUGGCUGCAGCAGCUGUGGGCCUGCGUUGCGCCCCAGGCAGCGGCGCCGCCAGUGACGGACGCGGGCUUCAUGCUGGGGGACCGCAUGGGUAUGUGGGCCUCAGGCCCGCGGGGGGCGGGCGCGCUGCUGUGGAGCACUUUGCGGGCCACCUUCUUGUACGCCGUCUGGUGUGCGUACUGGUCCCGUGAGCCUGCUAAGCAGACGUCGGAGCAUGUGGUUCGGGAGGUGGUCAGCGAGCUGCGCAGGGUGAUGCAGCUGCGUUUCACUGCCGCCACGCUAACCCCUGAAACCCUGUCGGCUCUGCCCACACAGCUUCUCACCGCACAGCUCAAGGCGGCUAAGCUGGAGCACUUUGUUGCCAUCUGGUCGGCGGGUGGCGCGCUUUGUGAAGUGGAGGAGGUUCAGGCUCUGGCUGGCGUCGCAGCGCCUGGGCGGCUGUGGGACUUCCUGCUCAGCGCGUCUUGCAGCGGGCUGGAGCCCGCCUAGUCAGCGCCACAUCUGGCCCGUUUAGUUUUCUGCUUGUGUCUCCUCUGCCGGUUCUCCUGGGGUGUUGCUUAAGCAACCGACUUGUGGGGGUGGGGUGGGUUUGGGCGGGGCGAGUGCGUAGCGCUGGUGUUUCCUCUUCUGGCGCGCGGUGGUGGUGGUUCUUGCGGUUAGGCUGUGGUGUAGGCUGGUGCUUGGGUUAGGUCUGGCGGUGUUUUUGUGCAACUCCUCC